AAAUACUUACUUUGGGAGCACGUGCGUAAGGGGUUGGUCAUAAAACGUACUUACUUCAUCAGAAAGAUGGCAGGAUACAAACUAACUGUUGUUACACUUAUAAUACACACUGCAGGAUUUGUGAUCACAGGAAUAGCCGCACAGAGCUAUGACCCAACUUCAUCGACAUUUGACACAACUAGCGAGCCUCUGCCGACAGAAACACAAGAUUCGGGAGGAACAACACUUGACGCCAUUACGACCGAGAUACCAACAAACAUAACUAUCCACACCACAGCCUCUACUGACACGUCUUUAUAUUCAGAAAGUUCAACAAACGAUUAUACCGGUGAAACAAUGUCUCCAUUUACGGAUUCAUCAAUGCCUACAGGUGCUGAUCCGUCAAUGCCUACAGGAGCUACUGAUGGCUAUACUGGUCAAACAAUGCCUCCAUUUACGGAUUCAUCAAUGCCUACAGGUGGAUAUACUUCAAUGCCUUCAGGAGCUACUGAUGACUAUACUGGUCAAACAAUGUCUCCAUUUACGGAUUCAUCAAUGCCUACAGGUGGAUAUCCGUCAAUGCCUCCAGGAGCCACUGAUGGCUAUACUGGUUACGGAUUCAUCAAUGCCUACAGGUCGAUAUCCGUCAAUGCCUACAGGAGCCACUGGUGGAUAUACAUCACUGCCUCGUCAAUGCCUACAGGAGCUACUGAUGGUUAUACAGGUGAAACAAUGUAUCCAUUUACGGAUUCAUCAAUGCCUACAGGUGGAUAUCAAUCAAUGCCUACAGGAGCCUCUGAUGACUAUACUGGUGAAACAAUGUCGCCAUUGACGGAUUCAUUAAUGCCUACAGGUGCUGAUCCGUCAAUGCCUACAGGAGCCACUGGUGACUAUACAGUUGAAACAAUGUCUCCAUUUACGGAUUUAUCAAUGCGUACAGGUGGAUAUCCGUCAAUGCCUCCAGGAGCCACUGAUGGCUAUACUGGUUACGGAUUCAUCAAUGCCUACAGGUGGAUAUCCGUCAAUUCCUACAGGAGCCACUGA